AUGUUCCUGGACGGCCACAACGAGACCCGGAGCAGGGCGGUCUUUGUCUCCGUCACGGUGACAUUUAUUCUCGCGAGCAUUCUCGUCGCCGCGCGACUCGUUGCAAGGGCCAUCAUCAUCAAACAGCGUGGCUGGGACAGCUACUGUAUUCUCCUAGCAUGGAUAUUCGCCUUUUGCAUGUCAUUCGCAGUCGACUUCGGCACCAGCAAAGGUCUUGGCCUCCCUGAUGUCGACAAGCCCCCUGCCGAGGAUCCAACGCUGCUGGUGGCCGAGUACGUAGCCAUCCUUCUCUUCAACCCAGCCUUGAUGGCCACGAAGACCUCCAUCCUCCUCCUCUACCUCCGCCUUGCCCAGGACCAGAAGAAGUUCCUCCGCAUAGCCUUUUAUGUGACACUUGCCGUCGUCAUUAUUGGUGGCAUCGCCCUUACUUUCACCACCGCUUUCCAGUGCCGCCCCGUAAGAGCCGCAUACGAUCUCGCCGUUGCAAACCCUGUUUGCAUUUCCAUCGAGACCAUCUACCUGGCAUCCGCGCCUGUCAACGUCGCCACAGACCUCGCCAUCUUUGUCCUGCCGAUCCCCAUUUUGACUGCCUUGCACCUGCCCCGGCGGCAAAAGAGCUUCCUCGUUCUCACCUUCGCCAUCGGCGCCUUUGUCACCGUCGUCGAUGUCGUGCGCAUCUACUUCAUGCAGCUGGCUGCCACUAGCCUCGGCAUCCUUCCUAGUGGACUUGGCCGGAUCACGAGCCUUGAGUUCUCCUACAAUGCCAGCAUGGCUCUGAUGUGGUCGACCAUCGAGGUCAAUGUAGGAAUCAUCUGCGCAUGUAUCCCUACCCUCAGGCCGUUGAUCAAGCGGUUGGCCCCGGGAAUGAUUUCAGAGUCUGCUCCAAGCAGCGGCGAACACGCGUUGAUGGAGGCCUCUUCCUCGUCACACGGUGAUGCGUCCCUUGAUUCACGGAGACGAAAGAAGCUUCUUCAGCAAAGGUCACCAAUAGAAAUCACUGCUGAAACCGUGACGGCUGAUGUACAUUCGAUACACUCAGCACAGCCAGCUGAAGACCAGGAGAAGCAGCAGAUAAAUGCGAAUAAUGGGAUAGUACAGGAGCCGGGACGGCCUCUCACCCAAUGCACCGACCACUCUGUUGUCUUCGGAUUUUUCCACCUAGACCAACAACCCAAGUCCAUGGUCAACAUGCAAGGAUCAGAGGCUAUCAAAUUCUGGGCCUUAAUCGCGAGACUUCUCUUCUUUACGGGAUUCGCCUUUGGCAUGCUCAUAUCCAUAAGCAGCGAGAUAUUUACCGUGGUGGACACGACUCGAUCUAUAGGCAUCUCAUCAGCUAUUUACGGCGGCGCCGCAGCAGGGCCCGUCCUAGGCCAAUGGACCCUGCGCCACGUAGGAUUCAAAACCUCAUUCAUCACCUCCUUAACUAUCUGCUGCUGCGGAACGCUCAUGUUCUGGCCAUCCGGAGCGCUGCAUUCCUAUCCCGGCUUCGUCGUCUCUAGCUUCGUCGGCGGAUUCGGUCUCGGUUUAUUGGACCUCACCUCGAACGUUUUUUUCAUGCUCUGUGGACCGCCUCAAUACGCCGAGUUCAGGCUACUCAUGGGACAGAGCGUUGAGGCUGUGGCUGCGGCGCUGAGCGUCUUGCUCUCGACGGAGGUCUUCUCGGUCGAAGUGAUCAACUCCCGCAGCUUCAUUAUUAUCCAGUGGGCGUAUCUCGUUAUCGCUGUUCUCACCGUCUUACUCGGGCUUUUCUACUAUUAUCUUCCGCUGCCCGAAGCAACCGAUUCAGAUAUGCAAGACCAACUCCAUAGACUAGGCAUCGACCCUUCGCAGAAAUACUUCGAUCGCUUCCCGGUUAAUUUCACCUCCUUAACUAUAGCAGCCUUCUCGGCCUUCUGCGCUGGCGGUGGAUUAGUCUGCAUCCGCACCUUCACCGGCAACCUUUUCGCCACCGUCUCCACCAAGACUCAUAGCUCGCUGCCUAUCAGCCCCUCCAAUUUCGGUAUCUUUCUCACGGCGAUAUAUGCCAUCAGUCAAGCCCUCUUCGCAGUCCUGACCCUCUUUAUCCCCCCACGCAUCCUCCUCCUCCUCGCUUACGCAGGCUGCAUCGCGUUCUCGGCGCUCCUCGCCGCCCUCGACUUCCCCACAGUCGCAGGAGUGGAAGCUGUAGAGCUCGUCUUCGCCGUCCUUGGCGGGUCGAUCCCGCCUCUCGUCAUCGCGAUUGGCAUACGCGGGCAAGGACGAAGGACGAAGCUCGCUGCGUGCGUGAUGGAGACCGGGACAAACCUUGGUGCCUGUGUAGCCCCUUUUGUUAUGUUGCCUGUGGUGAGGGCGCAUGCUGUCCCGUACUCGUUUGGUGUUAUUGUGGCGUUGUUGGCUGCGGGAUUGGGGUAUCCGCUGUACCUUAACUUGUUUCGGGCUGCGAGACGUUUGGUAGAUGCUAGGUCUUACCAACUACGCUAG